UCCAUAUCCCCCAGCAGGUUGUGAGGAGAUGGACCUGGGCAGGUUCUUCAGAGCUGUGCGGAAAGGUGACGUGCAGACUGUGAGGAGGGGGCUGGACGCUGGGGUGGACGUCAGGGCCAGGAGAACAUGGCUGUGCUGGUAUGAGCAGACAUCCCUGCAUGUGGCCAGCUGGUACGGGAAGACCGAAGUGGCGAAAUUGCUGAUCGAACACGGUGCCGAUCUGAAGGCGAGGGACCAGGACCAGCUCACAUCUCUGCAUUGGGCUGCUUGGCGGGGCCACACCAGGACUUGUGAACUUCUGAUUCGUCAUGGGGCAGACGUGACGGCCAGGGAUCAGGUCCAGGACACACCUUUACAUUGGGCUGCUCUCUGGGGCCGCACCGAGACUUGUGAGCUUCUGAUCCGUCACGGGGCAGACGUGAUGGCCAGGAAUGGGGCCAAGGACACACCCCUGCAUAAGGCUGCUACUGAGGGCCACACCGACACUUGUGAGCUUCUAAUCCGCCAUGGGGCAGACGUGACAGCCAGGGAUAGGGAAGGACGGACACCUUCUCAGGUAGCAGACGACAAGGACAUUCGGCGUUUCCUUAAGAAUCGGGGAGCGGAACUGAUCAAAGAGAAGUUGUACCACGAGUUGCUGCAGAAGUCUGGCGGAGUGAAGACCGACAGGUGUAAGGUGUUCUUCUUUGGGAUAGCGAAAACGGGAAAGUCCACACUCAAGAUAAGUCUUAAGAGGGGCACCGUCCCAGCACUUCUCCAAGGACUGAGAAAAUCUUCGUCAGCCGAGGAGCCUCACGACCCCACCCCAGGGGUGGAUGUUGGAACGUUCCAUAUUCCAGGGGUGGGGGAGGUCAGCGUGUGGGAUUUUGCUGGGCAGUCGGAGUACGCGGUAACCCACAGUAUGUUCAUGGAUGCAGAGAACACCAUCUCCAUUGUGCUGUACAACAUCAUGGACGACACCCAAGAGCAAGACGUCCACCGGUGGCUGAGCUUCAUCAAAUCCUGCAACCGAAACCGUCAGCGCGACGUCAUCUUAGUGGCCAGUCAUGCCGACAAAGUUUCACUCACAAGUGGACAACGCCAAGCUGCUCACCUCCUGCAGUUGAUGAAAGCGGAGUUUAAAGAUCAGCUCCGUAUCUCAGACGAAGUCUUCCUGAUGAACUGUAAGGAGACGCGAACACCUGAGAUGGACCGACUCAAGAAGCUGCUGGCUAAGAUGAAGACGGCCAUGUUAGAGCACCAACGCCAGAUGCCCAAACUGUGCAACAUAAUCAUCAAGCGGCUGCCCAUCUGGUGCCAGACGAAGUGCAGCCCGAAGUGUCCUGUACUGAGGUGGCCAAGCUACGUGGACGCAGUCAAAGAGAUUGACCCACAUGUGGAUGAGGACUUCCUGCGGGAGUCUACACGGUUUCUGGACCAUCUGGGGGAGAUCAUCUUCAAAUGUCCGACUGCUUCUGAACCCAUCAUUGUUCUGAAGCCCAACUGGCUCUGCACAGACGUCAUCGGUCCAAUGAUGGCACCAGUCAACUUCCCCAUUCCCCGCCCGGAGAGAACAAGCGAAGACUACGUCACCCGGGAGGAGAUCCAGCGCGUCUUCCAAGACGUUGCUGAUGUGGAUCUUCUCAUCACCCUGCUGCAAGAGUUCCAGCUCUGCCACUCCUAUGACGGACAGACCUUUAUCUUCCCAGGGCUGCUUACACAAACCAUGCCUGGUCAGGCUUGGCGACUAACUCAAGAGCCAAAGGUGAUCUACUUUGGGAAGCAGUUUCAUUGCGCCGACACCACCGACAUGUUCUCCUCCGGGUUCUCCUCCGGGUUCGAGAAUCGCCCGCUGCUGUGGAGAGAUGGCGCCAAGUGUGUGGAUAGGAAUGUGGAAGGUCUAAUUAAACUCUCUCCGGACGGCCGUGCUGUCAACAUCUGUGUCCGGAGUGCGCAGGGUGACAAGGUGCAGUGCGGCAAGAUGCUGCAGCAGCUGGAGAACAUCAUCGCUGAUGUGUUGGAUGAGUGCAGCCCGGGAACAGGCACAGAAGAGAAGUUCCUUAGCGCUCGUGCACUCAAGGAACACAGGGAGGAAUUCUACUCGUAUGGCAGUGAGGAGAUCAGAAAGGCAGCAGCAGAGGGCGGUACAAUCGUCCAUUCCAUCCUCGGGCUCACGGAACAGGUCAGUGAUCUGCUUUGUAGAGAGGAGGAGGAGAAUCCUCUUACCAUGAACCGCCCAGAGCUGGUCCAGGCCUUGAGGCACGUGGAGCCAAUCCUGGACCGUCUCUUGGCAUGUGGCAUUCUCGGUGCCGACGAACCCGACCGUAUCAAGGCCAAGGAAACCCCCCAGGACAAGGCAAGGGAACUGUUGAACAUCGUAGAAAGAAAGGGCGAGCUUGCAUGUCGCGAAUUUAAGGCAGUGCUGGAAGAGGUAAACCCGCAUGCUGCUGCAAUGAUCCAAAAUGGCGCCGGUGACCUGCUGCGUGAAGAAGACGACCCGCUCGUCAAGAACCGCCCAGAGCUGGUCCGGGACCUGACGUCAUCCUACGUCCUAGAAACAAUCCUGAACCAUCUCCUGUCACGUGGCCACCUCAGUGAAGAGGAAUGUGACAUCAUCAGGGCAAAGAGGACAUCCCAUGACAAAGCAAGAGAACUGUUAGACAUCGUUGGUCGGAAGGGCGUGACUGCACGUCAGGUGUUCAGGAAAGUCCUGGAAGAAGUCAGCCCAGAUCUGGCAGAAAUAGUGGCGUGAGCUUUACCUAUUGGAACUUUACACGUUGGUGCAAGAAUACUAACCAUAGAUGUUUGCUGUGCGCGGUUUGGUGACAGCCGUGUCAUACAAAUAACAAUGGUUUCAGAUGUGUAUGUUCGAAUUAGAAUGAAGAAUACUAACAACAAAUUGUUCCUUAAGCAAUAAACAAGCUUGUUUCUAGGCCUUUUUUCCCAAUCUUCGUUAGGACGUAAGUAAUGAGGGCUUCUUUCUCCAAAUUGUGACAUGGAUAGUGAUAUAAUCUUUGGAUACUGGUAUAAUCUUUGCAAAGCUACUCUCUAUAAUGCAGGUAGAUAACAAUACAGAUAGAUAGCAGUACAGUAAGCUGAUUGUAAAUAGAAGUCGGUCUAUUUACCAAGUUUCUCACAGACAUACUGUAAGUUAUUUGUAUUUUACCGAACUGCUUCUUUAGAAGGGCAAACAUACAUCUUUUGAAAACAGUUAGAAUAACAGACUAAUGAGAAUGUGACUAAUGAUAUCUUUCUGAUUCAAUCUUGUAAAUGGGCACAUUCCCCAAAACAAUGGGACGUGUAUUAUCAAUAUGCAGUGUGUGUCUAUUACAUUACCAAUAACCUUGUAUAGAUGUCUUCUCUGAUCUGCUUCUUUGCCGUCGGGUAAACCUGUUUGUCACAAAAGACGGGGAAUGAACUUCCAGACAUUUGAAGCUGAUUUGAUGUAAAUUAUGUGCAUUGCCAUAGUAUACGCCUAACAUCUGCUUGGUUUCCAUUCACCUGUUACAUAACUAUGAUAGUUAGCUAGUCACGUGAACAUAUUUACGUAAAGUUCUAUAGACUAUCACUGCCAUUGACGCAAAUGGUAACGUGCGUCCACUAUCCGGGUGACACCUUAUGAAUUUUUCAGAAUGUAAAAAAUGGCACUCAAAUGAUUUUCUGUCAGAAUCUUUUGAAUAAAUUUAUACGUUUAAAUGUGAAUUUUGUGUUUCUGUCAUCGCUUAGAAAGGCAGGAAAUAUAGUUACAUGAUAUAAUUAAUCAUUAUUUACUCCAGAAAAGAGAGGUCCAGAGAACCAUGCUCGGUCACUAGGCCACAACAUGUACAUUUUAUGGAUGACUGCCAACUAUUACAGCAUCCAUUUCUCACUGAAACAACUCUGAAAA